GAAUGUCGACUUUGACUCGAGCCAUGAGUCUGCCACACACAUUUCUAGUGUCUCUCUUUUUUUAGGGAGUGCUGACAGUGACCCCCGCAGAGAUGCAUUCUUACGUGUUAAUCUCCGCUUUUUUGUUGUGUGGUGUCAUGGACGCCAGAAAAAUUCGAGGAAUAUCUUCGUCAUAUAAACGGUUCUAUAGAGAGAGGAGGUCCUUCCUCUGCAUUGAUGGAUCUAAAGUCAUUCCUUUUGAGCAUGUGAAUGAUGACUACUGCGACUGUGAAGAUGGCUCUGAUGAACCAGGCACCUCUGCUUGCUCUCGGGGGCGAUUCUACUGCACCAACCUCGGGUUCCGUCCACACUACAUACCAUCAUCAAGGGUCAACGACGGUAUCUGUGAUUGCUGUGACACCUCAGAUGAAUACAACAGCCAUGCACAGUGCCACAACUCCUGCUGGAAUCUGGGCCAGAGAGAGAGGGCGUACGUGGAAGGCCAGAUGAAGACCCUGGAUGAAGGCUUGCGGCUCAAGCAGCAGUUGAUUGAAGAUGGAGUUGUGCUCUGGAGAGAGAAACAGGCUCAAUUAAGAGGUCUUCAGCAGUUGGCUGAAGACCUGCAGGUGAAAUUGGAGGAGUGCAGGAGGAGGAAACACGAGGCAGAGAGGCUCAAGGAGAAAACAUUAGACAUCCAGCUGGUCAGGGAUGCAGGUUACGUGCAUACGCAAGAGAACAGCAAGAAAAGUGAAAACAACAGUGAGAGUGAAGUGGCACUCGAGCAAGGUGAGGAGCAGCCUGUUAUCCAAGCCAAGAUCAAAGGAACAGCGGGAGGUUAUGAAGGUGAAGAUCCUCUUUUAAAAGCCGCUGCUAGAGCCGCAGAGCAAGAAGUCAGCGAUCUGAAGAAGGUGGAAGAAGCUUAUGAGACCGUCAACAUGGAAAUCAGUGAACUGCAGAAGAAAUUAGCAAUUGACUAUGGAGUGGACUGGGAGUUCCUCUACUUGAACAACCAAUGUUACGAGCUCAGUGUGCAUGAAUAUGCUGAAAUACGUACUCUGACCAACAUGCUCCGGCCACAGUUUUGACUGCAUAACCAGAAUAUACUCAGCCAUAUUAUUUUUGCUAUGCUCAGAUCUUGAUCUUAACAAUGUGCAGACUGAACUGCAGUAACUGACUUAAAGUCAUGAGGUGAUCAUUGUUCUCGCUGACAACUGUAGCAGCAUUUUCUACUGAGAAGCAAACAACUUUACUCUGCCAUACUUUUCUUGCCAAAAUGCAUGCUUCUCUGCGAGGAUCUGUACUCUAAAACCACUUUUUAUUUAGCUUUGUAAAUGAAGAAAUGCUUAAGUGAGUCUUUUUUGUUAUCUUUAAAAGGUCAUAAAAACACAAAACAUUGAAUGUUAACAAACUUAUGUGUUUGCUCCUCAACAGCGAAUAGUCUGUCUUGCCAGGCUGACUUGCACUUAACAGCCAACUGUAAUAAGAAUGUUAUGCCCCACACAAUGACUAACCUGAUGCAAUACAAUGUGAACAUUUUGGAGCCUGUGUUCUGUAGUCCAUAGUGGAAUAUGUUUUAGUUAGAAACAAAACUGGAAAACCACAAAGACAAAUGUGUUGUAUCACCACUGGACCUAUUCGGGCUCUGUGCCACAAAGUGCAUGUUGUCGAUCAAUUUUGAGAUGAGUCAGCAUGCUACAUCUGAAAAUCCAUCCGCUCUUAGGCUCCUGGUCUCUGUCAUGAAAAACGAACUUGAAGCAAAUCAGAAAUAAUCCUGGCAAUCCAGACAACCUCCGCUGGCGUGUCAUGAAAGGCACGUAACACAACAUGUCAUAUUCCCACAGUACGUUGUCAGAGACAAAAGGUCCUUCAUCCAGCACACUGGAAUUUUCCUCCCAUGGAUUUGUUGACACUUCUCAAAGCAGCGGGGCCGAGAUCUGUGCAAGACUGUCACGUCAGAUUGACUCAGGCUCUGCUCUCAUGUCAUUAGAAAGUGCAGCACGCCAGUGAGUCAUGCCUGCCACCGAGGUUCAGCUCCGACAGAGAAGGGUAAAACAGCGCAAAUCGCACUUCCAACUGUCGCCAUGAUAUCGCAUUUUGUCCAUGGUGCACUGGCUUCUUCUAGGGAAGAGACAGAUCCAGUCUGGAUCGCCGGGGGGAAAUACUGUAUCUUAUAUUGGCAGGAUAAGCUACAGAUUUUAAACCAACCAAGUUCACAGCGAGUUUUCAGUGUUCUCUUCGCUCCUCCAUUCUUAUUUUUCUGCAGCUGUUUCCUAUACUGUAUGUUUACCAAAUAUCACGUGGGUUUGAAUUGCGGGAUUUCCCCCCGAUCAGUUCACACUAUGCAUUGUUCAUUUCCGCCUCGCAAGAUAUCGUCAAAACUGGAUGAAACUUGAUGUUUAUUCCAUUGUGUUUAUGUCAUGUUUGCACUGUCUGUUUUUUUUUUUUUUCUUCCCUUGUUGGCGCUCUGGCCUUUUAAAGCACCACUUUCAGUCUGAGUUUAUGUAAAAGCAUUUUACUACAAUCUUUUUCUGUGUUUUAUUUUUUUAAAAAUCUUAUAACCAAAGAGCAGUUCUUGUUCCAGCUGAUUUAUUUAUUGCGGUGUGUAGUAAAAUGUAAAUGAAUUUCAAAAUUUCCCUAAGGAUUAGUGAAGUUUUUCUUAUUCUGAUUAUGAAUGCAUGUCCAUAUUAAUUCAUAGAUGCUCCCUCAUGAUGACAUUUAUGCUUUUAUUUACAUUAUGAAAAUGUGAUGGAUUUCCCUUCAUGACUUGUUUAAUUGGCUUCAUUGCGACACUUCAUUUAAUAUCUCCAAACUGCAUUUAAAUCUUACCACCUGUCGUUCAAGGGACAUGGAUGACUGGGAUAAUUUAUUGCUUACUGCUGUCAAAUAAAGAUAUUCUGAAUCAAAAAAUAUGUAUAUAUCUCAGUUGAAUGCUUGGAUUCCUGUUUAUUGGUGAGUUAAUUGCAAGACUGGUGAAGCAUGACGUCUCUGCCUGUGCUUUCCAGUGCAGUAUUUCAAAUUAUGAUAGAUGUUUUCACAUUAAAGUGCGGAAUUAUGAAUCACUCUGGAGGAGCUACCAUGGUAAUGAAUUAAACACAGAAGGACUUAUACGGUCAAACUGACUGAGAAAAGUGGGCACAAUAAUAUUCACCCGUUUCAAGGAAGAACGUCUUAGCCAAGUCUGUUUUAUUUAAACUUUUAUCUAAAAGUCCAAAGCACACAUUUUAACGACUAUGAAUAAUAUUAGCCUUGAUUUAAGUUUUGAAUAAUUCAGAACUCGUAAAAAUAGCCAGACUAGUUUUUGUCUUGGUGUGCCAGUCUGAGCAUUCAUAAAUUCAUAAAUGGAGCUACCUC